GAAAUUUACUGAGUGCGUCAACAGUCCAACGUGCAUUCAGCCAUUUCUUCUUUCACAGAACCCCAGUGGAGAUUAUUUCCUGAGUCCUAAACGAAGCAUCCUUGUUAUCAAUGAAUCAGUCACGCAAGAGACUCCGUAGGGACCAAGUGGGAGAAGAGAAACUGUCAAAGAGUGACGUGAUAUGCCCUGUUUGCUUUGAUAUUUUCACGAGUGUGCAGGUAACCGUAUGUGGACACAGCUUCUGUCAUGAGUGUAUACACAAGUCAAUUGCUCAGACCCAACAGUGCCCAAUCUGUGGUACCAAACUAUCACGUGACAGUGGGUUCGCUCCUAAUUUCUCACUGAAUGACAUUGUCGCUAAGAUAAGAUCUCAAGAGACUCACCACGAUGCUUCUCUAUCAUAUGAUGCUUAUUAUGGUAACGUGCUGCAGAUGGUAAAGAAUUUAAAACCUAAUCACCUCAUAGCUCUCAAUGAGCAAAUAUCGUCUCAAAUUGACUUGAAUAAGAAAGAGGAAAAUAAAGUUGAAGAUUCCGUUUUCAAUGAGUUUUUGAUCGAGUCUAAGAAAGCAAAAGAAAUGGAAUUAGAGAGAGUAACAACUGAACUCAGCACUUUAUCCGAAGAUAUCCAGGUUUUAUCUAGAACGAAAGACACUGCCCCUCUAUCUGAAGAAGGAAAGAGAUGUGUCAUACAAAGGAAGCAGCAGAUGUACUCUAACAUUGACGACCUUCAACAGGCAUACUUCAAAUUUACAGUCAAUUCUCAUCUCUCUUCUUCUGGUCUCAAUACUGACUCUUUGGUUCCUUCCUCCUCUUCUUCUGUCUCCAGUGGAUCUUCUUCUUCUUUUGUUCCUCCAGAGACAUCAUUGGACUCUGUCCCUUCGAUUAGUGGACCAUCAAGCACUGACUCAACAGUAAUGAGGUCUGAAGGUUCUACUGCUUUUCGUGAGACCCUGUCUGCCGUCACUCAGUAUUCCUCCUUUAAAGAACUGGCUACUCUCACUUAUGCUGAUGGGCCCAUUGGAUCAAGCAGUAUUGUCUCCAGCAUUGAGUUUGAUAAGGAUGGAGACUUCUUUGCUGUUGGUGGAGUGACAAAGAAAGUGAAGAUAUUUGAUUACAAUACUGUGACGGAGGCUAGGAUGUUCCCAACCAUUCACUACCCAGUGAGAGAGAUACCUUGUCAUGCUAAAAUAAGUUCAGUUGCUUACAGUCCUUAUAUAAAGCCGCAGUUAGCUACGAGUGACUAUGAUGGUACACUGUCCAUAUGGGAUUGCCACCAGAUGAAAUGUACUAGGAAUUAUCAAGAACACGAGAAGAGGGUGUGGUCGGUCAGUUAUAAUCAGUACGACACUUCUCUAUUAGCGACCGGAGGCGACGACUGCUGUCUCAAGUUGUGGCACCUGGAGGUUGGGCAGAGUGUCCAGUGUGUACCAACUCUAGCCAAUGUAUGCAGCGUGAGGUUUCAGCCAAAGAACAAGUACACACUAGCCUAUGGGAGUGCAGAUCAUAUCAUAAGGAUUGCUGAUAUUCGGAAACUGAAUGAGCCACUAAUGUUACUCCACGGACACAAGAAAGCUGUCUCUUAUGUACAAUUUCUAAACGAGAAAGAACUUGUAUCAGCCUCCACUGACAGUGAGUUAAAGCUUUGGUCUAUAGACACUGGCUGCUGUCUCAGAACCUUCAAAGGUCAUGUCAAUGAUAAGAAUUUUGUUGGUCUCUCGGUAAAUAAUGGAUACAUAACUUGCGGUUCUGAAAAUAAUUCUUUUUACGUAUAUCAAAAGUUUGUUAGCAAGCCAAUCUUAAACUACAAAUUUCAGAUAUCUCGAAACAUUCUACCUUCAGUAAAUGAACAGAGGUCAGAUGAAGGAUCUGAAUUUGUCUCAGCAGUGUGUAGCAGAAAGGAUUCCUCUAGCAUAGUGGCAGCUAACAGUCAGGGGUUUAUCAAGGUGCUUAAAAUGCAAUAGAUCAGGCUGAUCUCUCUCUCAAAUCCUGCAGUAUUAAUUAUUAUUAUUAUUAUUAUUAUCUAUAAACUAUUUCAAGAAUAAUGUUUUUUAAUAAAUUUCCCUAACCA